AUGGCAGCUGUUGAGCGCGAGUUGGAGCAGUUCCUGGAGCAGUGCCGUCGGCAGCAGUUCAAUGAGCAGGAAAUGCGCAACAUAUGCCAACCACUUGUCUGGCAUGUGCGCUUGAAGCAACUGCGUCGCUGGGCGCAGUGGCUCCUGCUGCCCGCUUUGCUGGCCUAUCUGCUGUGGAGCUACUGCGAUACUUGUGCUUGGACAGCCAGCGCUGUGGGUCGCCUGCUGUUGAUACAGCUGCUGCCCUAUUGGAACUGGACGCCCUACUACAAUGCCCAGUGUCUGAUUGAGCGUGGGGCAGAGGAGCAGCCGUCAAAGCCAAGUCUGGGCAGGCACGAGACGCUCUGGGAGAACUGUGUGCUGUGCGAGUCAUUGGAGAGCAUACCCACUGCCUCGAAUGUCAGCUACUCCAUGUUGGAGACACAGUAUUUGGAACGUGGUUUGCCCGUCAUCAUCACUGAUUGCCAGCUGCGUGUGGAUUUGGAUAGUUUACUGGUGCGCAUCCUGGAGAAGGCGCCCGAUCUGCUUGCAAGUGAACCCUGCGAUGUGUCCAGCAAUCUGCUGUUGAGGCAACUGUUCAACUUGGAUGCUGCACUGCAGAAGAUUCCCACAACAUCUGCUUGGCAUCUGCAGUUCCGCAACUGCGAGUCCAAAGCCGUGAAAGCAUCGCGUCUCUAUUCGGACCGACCCUACUAUUAUCCCAGACAUCUGGAGCCCUUCUACUCCAGCUGGCUGCUGAUGGCGCACAAUGUGGCGCGCCACCAGACGGAGAUCUUUGUGCGUGGCCUCAUCUUCGUGCAGCAGCUGAGCGGCCACUUUGAGUGGCGUCUUCAACCCAAGCAGCCCUGCGACGAAGCCAGCUGUCCUAAUCUCAGCCUGCGUCUGAAUGAAGGAGAGUGUUUGGUCUACUCCACAGAUCUGUGGCGCCUCAGCUAUGGCCUGCAGCAGCUGCAAGCGAGGCACGCUUCGAUUGCCACUCUACUGGAGGUCAACUGGCAGCUGUAACGAGUCCAUUAGAAUAAAAGAAAUAAAUAAUA